AGAACGUGCUGAUGUAAUCUGGCGUGAGGUGAAAGGUCAUGAAAGUGGCGCAUGGCGGAGAAAUAGGAGUUAUGAGAGUGCUGAGUGUGACAGCGCGGUGUGUUUUAUACACACACUCCCGGUGUGCACCGCCAGGGGGCAGCAGAGCAUUCUGGGGCUGGCUCAACGCCGUGUUUAACAAGGUUGAUUAUGAGCGGAUUAAGGCAGUUGGUCCGGACCGUGCAGCUGCCGAAUGGCUCUUAAGGUGUGGGGCCAAAGUUCGUUUCCGUGGUUUCGACCGGUGGCAACAUGAUUACAACGGACUUCCGACCGGGCCGCUGGGGAGAUAUCAAAUCCAGGCCAUCGAUGCCACAGAAUCCUGCAUCAUGUACCGGGGAUUCGAUUACCUGGAUGGUCUGGAGUAUGUAGAGGAGAUAAAGCUGCGAAAGUGUAUAUAUAUAGAGGAUACAUGUCUGGAGCGCUUGAGUAAGACGGAGAAGCUGCAGAACAGCAUGAAGAAAAUGGAGAUUGUCUCCUGUGGCAAUGUGACAGACCGAGGCAUCAUCGCUCUUCAUCACCUGAGGAACUUGGAGUACUUGUUCCUCAGUGACCUGCCAGGCGUGAGAGAGAAACAGAAAACAACAAACACACUGCAAACGGCACAGCCCAAACUCACCAUAGAACUUGACCUGGCUUAGCCAAUCACAGCUUGCUUUGCAGCCUAGCUCGACAAAUCAGAGCCCUGAGGUGGGAUGCAGUGUUCGUUACAGAAACUGAAUGUUUCACCUUUCUCUCUAUUAUUGAGGAACUGAUGUGUGAAGUGUAGUAUUAAAGAAGCAGAGUGUAUAUUAAAUAUGUACUGCUGUUUUAUCUGUAUGAAAAUGAUUCGCGUGAAUAUAUAUAUUUAUUUUUUGCAUUACAUGUAGUUUUAAUUCAGUUCAAUUCAAUUUUAUUAAUAUAGCACUUUUAAAAUUUCACCCCGACUGUGAAGACUUGUAGGUCUUAACACACAAUAGUUUGCUCUUACUAAGAUACGUUGUUAGAAACACAUUAAAUAUGUUCAUUACUUUAAAAAAUCCUUAAUAUUUAAUACAUAUUUAAAACCUACGGAGGCCGCCAUGACGUGACAUGCACAAUGCACUCUGAGUCGAUGACGUAAAAUGGUUGCACUUGAGAACUCAGUAGAAUUAGCUGCUAGCCCGUGCAGCAGGAAAAUAAUGUCACACUGUGCUGCUUUUAGCUGUAAUUUUCUAGCUCUUAUGUGCUGUGGUACAGGGGGUAUCUGUAAAUAUAAUCAAACCCGUAAAUAUCUUGUUAGUGCGUUUUUUCUGCAUAUUCUCAUAACAUAAAGCUCCUAUAAAAUUAGCUUAAAACGCCUAGCCAAGGCAUACACAAAGUAAAAUUAAAGCUGUUCUUGAACCAUUUGGAGUACAUGCAUGGUUUUGGUCUCUUCUGAAAGUUGGACUAAACUUUUUUACAUAAUUGGAUUGUUUGGACCUUUGCCUGUGUAAUAAGACUGUUUUUGUCAGGAUGUUAUGGAUCAGUGGAUUGCUAUGAGGCUUCAUAUGAGGUGAGUUGCUUCCGUUUCGUAAGUGUUUUUGUGUAUCAGUGGUCUGACAGAGACAUUUAUUGUAGCUGCUGUUGUGAUUGUAUCUCAAAACGGUUUAUAUCAAUCAAAUUACAAGAAUCUUAGCUUUCCAAAGAUAUGUGUACCUUCGUACACACAGAAGCUGUGUCGAUAGCAUAGAUUUGCUCAUAACAUGGCGACAGGGUGCUGGCGGGCCGUCUGAAUUUUAAAAUUCUUGAAUUCUAAAAUUAUUGAUAUUAGAAUACGUUUCAUCAUAAAACGAUAGUUUAAUCCAUAUGCUUACCUUGAACAACAAACGCUCUCAGUUGGCAAAGACGUGCAGUUGCUACACACACACCAUGGAUUUUGCCCCACUCUCGCCUCCUCACCUCUCUGAUCGUCUUCAUUUUGAUGUACCUUUUGAAUAAUGUCUUCUAUAUUAGCCUCAUCGCUUAUGUUACGCUCGGGUUAAAUCGAAAAGGCUGAAGGUAUGUUUAUAUCACUGUAGGGUCACUGGAGAAUCAAGACUGUUGCAACCAUUUGACGUCACUACCCAGAAUGCAUUGCGACGUCAACAGCAAUGGCGGCCUACGAGUGCAAGGAUUUGUAUGUAUUUAUUUUUUUUAAAACUGACAUCUAGAGUAUUUUUGUAUAGCGGAUUUAUAUAGCGUAUGUCAGCGUUAA